AUGCCUCGAUCACUCAAACUAAUAGCAUUGCUCCUAGUGACCGUCACAACUAUCUUUCUCUACCAAGCCAUCAAAAAAUACAACCAACCCCCUCCAACUCUCUCCGAGAACAUCAUGUCAUACAUCCAGGCACACCCAUUCAAAUCCGCAUUCCACGUCAUCAACAUAGUCACUUUCUUCACCCCCGCUGCAGCGUGUGGCCCAUUCCUCUAUCUAUUAGGUUUUACUCGUCUAGGACCGAGAGCUGUAUCCAUUGCGUCAAUCUCUCACAGUAUCUUCGGUAACGUCGCUGCCAGAAGUUUGUUUGCAUAUUUCCAGAGUGCAGCUAUGAAUGGAUAUGGCCUUGGUGCUUUGAAUACGGUGGUACGAUCUGUUUCGGGUAUUGGCAGCUUUGUUGGAUUUUUCUGGGGAGGUAAAGCAGUCCGGAUGAAUGAUACUUGGGAUUAUUUACAAGAUUUUGUUGGGGAUUUAUCUGUAUGUGUGGUUUUGGCUUUACUUCUCUAUGUUCUGGUCAGAAUUGGAGUUAUGGGCUACAGAUUACUUGACGGUGUGAUACGUCCUGUUGAUAUUCAAUCUGAACAGGUGUUAGGAGAAGCAGGGGAGUAG